AUGAAGAAUAUUAGAGACACCAACAUUCCUCAUUACAAUUUAACAGUGCCACCUGUCUUCUCCAUGUCUUCCAGACUAAGGAAUGCAUCUAGCAGAGACAUCACCAACUCCGUUACUCACUUUAUCCUCCUGGGCUUUCCUUCAAGCCCAGAAGGGCAGCUCCUCUACUUCGGGGUCUUCUCAGUAACCUACAUGUUGACCGUAAUGGGGAAUGCAAUCAUUGUCUGUGCUGUGUGGUGGGACCAACGUCUUCAUACUCCUAUGUACAUAUUCUUGGGAAAUUUCUCUUUUCUAGAAAUAUGUUAUGUCACUACAACCGUCCCUAAUAUGUUAAUCAACUUCCUUUCCACAAGCAAGUCCAUCUCCUUUGUUAGUUGUUUUGCACAGUUUUACUUCUUCUUCUCUUUGGGCUGUGAUGAGGGCUUCUAUCUUUGCAUCAUGGCCUUUGAUAGAUACCUUGCCAUCUGCCGUCCUCUACAUUAUCCACUCAUCAUGACUAAAGAGUUGUACACUGGACUGGUCAUCUUUGGAUGGUCUGGUGGAUUUAUCCUUUUUGUAACCCCCAUUGUUCUUAUAUCACGCUUGCCAUAUUGUGGGCCAAAUAUCAUCAACCAUUUUAUAUGUGAUCCUGUCCCAUUGAUGAUGCUAUCUUGUUCUGAAGACACCACCACACAGUUUAUUUAUUCUACUUUCAAUGUUAUCUUCAUGAUUGGCACUUUUCUCUUUGUCCUUUGCUCCUAUCUUCUGGUGAUUCUUGCUGUACUACGGAUGCCCUCAGCAGCAAGCAAACGCAAAGCUUUCUCUACCUGUGCUUCCCAUCUGACUGUGGUGGUCCUAUUUUUUGGCUCUGUAAUGGUGAUGUAUGUGAACCCAGGAUCAGAACACCCAGUGAAAAUGCAAAAAAUUGUCACCUUGUUUUAUUCUGUGAUAACACCUUUAUGCAAUCCUUUAAUAUACAGCCUCAGGAAUAAGGAGAUGAUGGCUGCUCUAAGGAAAAUCUUUGGGUCUGAACAAAUUACUCAUAAACUAUAA